AUAUUCCUACCCCGCCCAAGGAGUAACUUACGUAAAACAUUCAACGUCGAGAAUGCACGCAUUGCAUGCAUGUUAAAACGUACGAUCAAGUUAGAACUUGGCCUAUAAAUGCAGCCCUCGUAUCCUCACAGUGCUCACUCAUCAGCCUCUUAGGAACAUGGCUUCUUCCUCCUCCCCCUCCUCCCCAAUCGCCCUCGCCACCUUGGCCGUGCUGCUGGCGGCCGUCUGCCUCCUCCACGCCGGCGGGGGCGCGGCGGCGGAGGAGCUGUGCGUGGACUACUACGACGACACGUGCCCGGGCGCGUACAAGAUCGUGCAGCGUGUCCUGGUGCAGGCGCAAAGGUCGGACCCGCGCAUCUUCGCCAGCCUGAUGCGCCUCCACUUCCACGACUGCUUCGUGCAGGGCUGCGACGCCUCGCUGCUGCUGGACACCUUCGACGGCAUGGAGACGGAGAAGGACGCGACUCCCAACAAGGGCUCCGCGCGCGGCUACAACGUCGUUGACGCCGCCAAGGCCGCCCUGGAGGCCGCCUGCCCCGGCGUCGUCUCCUGCGCCGACAUCCUCGCCAUCGCCGCCGAGAUCUCGGUCGAGCUGUCCGGAGGACCCGGAUGGGGUGUGUUGCUGGGGAGGCUAGACGGCUUCACUUCCAACUUUCAAGAAGCCGGGAACCUACCAGGACCAUUCGACGGCCUGCCGCUGCUGAAGCAAAAGUUCGUGAACCUCGGGCUUGACAACACCGACCUCGUAGCCCUCUCAGGCGCCCACACUUUCGGCCGUGUGCAAUGCCAGUUCGUCACGGACCGGUUGUACAACUUCAGCGGGACGAACCGGCCCGACCCAACCCUCAACCCGGCCUACCGGGCCUUCUUGUCACAGAGAUGCCCAAGGAAUGGCGUUGGAUCGUCCCUGAAUGACUUUGACCCGACGACCCCCGACAGGUUCGACAAGAACUACUUCACCAACCUCGAGGUGAAUCGUGGUUUCCUCCAGUCAGACCAGGAACUCAAGUCGGACCCCGGCGCGGCAGGGACGACGGCACCCAUCGUCGACCGGUUUGCGGGCAGCCAGGACGCCUUCUUCAAGGCCUUCGCGCAGUCGAUGAUCAAGAUGGGAAACCUGGGGCCGAUAAGGAACCCCUCCCAGGGAGAACUGCGGCGCCUGGCCGACGACGGUGAGGCGCCUGCCCCGGUCACGCCCACGUUCCAGUACGCCGUGUUCUACCUGCUUCUGAUCAUGUGCUUCGGCGAGAGGCUUGACGAGAAGGUGGUGCGCGCCAUCGCCGCCGCGCAGCACGAGCAGGUGCGAUACAUGUUCAGCAAGAUGUCCGUCUUCGCCUUCCUCCCGUCGGUCGCCGAGCACCUCUUCCGCGGACGCGUCCGGAAAAUGCUCUCCCUGCGCCGGCGGCAGAAGGAGUUGUUCCUACCGCUGAUCAACGCGCGUAGGGAGUACAAGGACAAGAAACGCGGCGGCGAGCGCGAGCCGAGGCGGAGCAAAUCGGAGACCACGUUGGAGCACUCGUACGUGGACACGCUGUUCGACGUCAGGCUCCCCGAGGAGGGCAACCGCCCACUCACCGACGACGAGAUGGUCAACCUCUGCUCGGAGUUCCUCACCGCCGGGGCUGACACCACCUCCACCGCACUGCACUGGAUCAUGGCCGAGCUGGUGAAAAACCAGGCCAUCCAGGAGAGGCUCUACAAGGAGAUCAAAGCCAAGACAAAAGACGGCCAUGAAGAGGUAUCCGAGGAAGACAUUCAGAGCAUGCCUUACCUCAAGGCGGUGGUUCUUGAGGGCUUGCGGAAGCACCCGCCCGUGCACUUCGUGCUGCCGCACAUGGCAGCGGAGGACGUGGAGGUCGGCGGGUACCUCGUCCCCAAGGGUGCCACGGUGAACUUCAUGGUCGCCGAGAUGGGGAGGGACGAACGGGAGUGGGAGAAGCCCAUGGAGUUCAUUCCAGAGCGGUUCUCAGGCGGCCGAGGGGUGGACGUGACAGGAGGCAGCACGGGGAUCAGAAUGAUGCCGUUCGGCGUCGGGCGGAGGAUCUGCGCCGGUCUGAACAUUGCCGUGCUUCACCUGCUCUACUUUGUGGCCAACAUGGUGAGAGAAUUCGAGUGGAAGGAAGCGGCCGGCCACGAGAUCGACUUGGCGGAGAAACUCGAGUUCAUGGUCGUCAUGAAGAAGCAGCUGCGCCCACGCCUUGUGCCCCGAAAACCCAACAUGCAAACUGAAGAACACAUGUAAAAAAAAAUUGAGCAACCAGCCACCUCGUUGGUUUUCAUUAAAUAAACCGCCAAACAUAAUACCCGCGCGUUCCCGCGUAAAUAUGUUGCAAUAUUAUUGCA